GUCAGAACUGGCUUCUUGUCAGGAGAAAAUGGCGUCCCAGUGCAGCCUCUCUACAAUAUUUUCUUACCAAAGCAAGCUAGAUUGCGCCUUAGAAGAAACUACGACACAACAAGAGAAAGAAAAUCUUGUCUACCAGUAUUUGAAAAAACUAGACGAGAGAGAGGACCUGAAGAUACCUGAUUUCCAGACAGGCUUGGAAUGGCUGAACACGGAGGGGCCUCUGUCUUUGAACAAGGAGCUGGCUGGUAAAGUGGUGCUGCUGGACUUCUUCACCUACUGCUGCAUCAACUGCAUGCACAUCCUCCCUGACCUGCACCAGUUGGAGAAGAAGCACUCUGUCAAAGAUGGAUUGGUUGUUGUUGGUGUACACUCGGCUAAAUUCCCCAAUGAAAAGGUUGUGGACAACGUUUGCAGCGCUGUGCUCCGCUAUGACAUCCGCCAUCCAGUGGUGAAUGACAGUGAGGCACGCCUCUGGCAUGAACUGGAGGUGUCCUGCUGGCCCACGCUGGUCUUAUUGGGCCCACGUGGCAACCUGCUCUUCUCGCUGGUGGGUGAAGGCCACCGCGACAGGCUGAUGCUUUUUACGGACAGCGCCCUACGUUACUAUGGGGAGCAGGGUCUUCUGAAGACGCACACGGUGGGGAUCAAGCUGUACCGAGACUCCCUGCCACCCAGCGCCCUGUCUUUUCCUGGUAAGGUGGCCAUAGACAACAGCAAGAAAAGACUGGCCAUCGCAGACACUGGGCAUCACCGAAUUCUGGUGGUGUCCAAGACUGGGCAGCUGUUACAUGUCAUAGGAGGACCUGAAAGCGGGAGACAAGAUGGUGACUUGUCCGAAGCUUCCUUUAACUCCCCUCAAGGUGUGGCCAUUAAAGGGGACACGGUGUACGUGGCCGACACACAAAACCACCUGAUCCGAAAGAUUGACCUGUUAGAGGGAAGAGUCAGCACUCUAGCCGGAGUAGGUGCUCAAGGUACAGACAGAGUGGGCGGGGCCAUGGGCCCUCAGCAGCCUAUCAGCUCUCCUUGGGAUGUGACUCUUGGCACUGUGGGCGGUGUUGAAGAUAACGUAUUGUGGAUAGCCAUGGCAGGGACCCACCAGAUCUGGGCUUUGUUCCUAGCAGAUGGGAAACUGCCCAAAGGAAGUGAGUCCAAGGCAGGCAUGUGCGUGCGAUGGGCUGGCAGUGGCAGUGAGGAGAACCGAAACAACGCCUACCCCCACAAGGCAGGCUUUGCACAGCCUUCAGGCCUGGCUUUAGCCCCCGAGGAGCCCUGGAGCUGCCUGUAUGUGGCAGAUAGUGAAAGCAGCACCAUCCGCAUGCUGGGGCUGAAGGACGGAGCCGUCAAGUCGCUGGUCGGGGGAGAGAGAGACCCAAUGAACCUAUUUGCUUUCGGGGAUGUAGACGAGAAAGGGGUUGGCGCCAAACUGCAGCAUCCUCUUGGUGUUGCCUGGGCUCCUGAACAAAGUCUGCUCUAUGUGGCCGACUCCUACAACCACAAGAUCAAAGUGGUGGAUCCAAAGACAAAGCAGUGUAGCACAUUAGCAGGGAAUGGAGAGGCCGGAGAAUCUCUGCGCCCUGAAUUUAACGAAUCCUGCUUCAAUGAACCUGGAGGAAUCUGUGUUGGCGACAGCGGCAAGCUUCUCUACGUGGCUGAUACCAACAACCACCAAGUCAAAGUGCUGGACCUGGCCACCAAGACUGUCUCACUGUUCCCUAUCUCCAUGGAGUGCACGGACUCAGUCCCUUCAAAGCCCUCGGGUCCUGCCAAAGCCCCCACACUGCCUAAAUCAGCUGCCAGGAAAGAAAUGCUACCAGUGGCGGUGUCGGCAGGCCAGACUCUCGUCAUGUCACUCACCCUGUCGCUUCCAGAAGGAAGCAAACUCACUGAAGAGGCCCCUAGCUGCUGGGCUCUCUCAGCUGAGGGUAACGAGUGGCUGCUGGAAAGUCCGGUGGUUACUGGUGAUAUCGUGGAUCUGUCAAAGCCACUCUCCAUUUCAACCAAACUUCCAGCUGUUAUAAAGGACUUAAACAGCAACCCAGGCCUCACCUUGGGUGUAUGGGUGUACUAUUGUCUGGAAACAGGUAAAGCCUGUAUGAUGAAAGCAGUCUCCUUCACCCAGCCUCUUCAAAUAAGUGCCAGUCCUGGUGAGGAAGAGGUCACUGUUGCAUUGGCUCAUGCCUUCUAAUACCCCUUACCUGUCUUAAGUUCUGGAUGAAGAAAGAAAACAUGGAUUGUUUUUGACUGUCACUUUAGACAAAAAAAAUGCAAUUCAUACAAAUCGGAUUUUCAGGGGAAUUUCAUUUCAAACUACUCAGAAGCCCCCUCAACAAAACAUAAUGCAUCAGGGCUGUAAUGUUCUUGACUGUGUGUGACAGUUAGGAAUGCAAAUAGUUACAUCCCCAGGCAUCUUAUAAAGGCUGUACAGAAAACACAACUGCAGCCUAAAAAUCAAUAUGAUAUAUAUAGUAUAUAAGUAUAUAGCAACAGAUUGCUGUUAAGGACAGGCUGUACUGACUGUAAGAAAACCAUUUUUUCCGCUCAAAGUUACCUUCUCAUUUACAAAAUAGUGUUGCAGGACUAAAUUAAUGCAGAAAAUAAAAGAUAUACUGUGGAUUUAAUGAGAAAUUGGCAGGUGGUGAUGAUGGUGCUGGUGAUGGACAGAUUUCUGAUUUUGAAAAAUUAGAAGCCUUCUGCUCUUCUCACUAAAAUUAAGGCAGCUUUUUCGUUCACUCCCAUGAGAAAUUUACACAGUAGACAUGAAAAAGAGAGAGAGAAAAGUUUAAUGGAGCUGAUAUGUGGUUUAGACUCCGACAAAGACGUUUUAUUCUGCCUUCACUUGCACAAGCGUCACUUUUGAAUGCUAAUAUCGAGUUACUGCCAGAUUCUCAAAAAUAUGAUAUUGAAAUCCUUUCAUGGUGAUUAUUAGGAUAAAAAAAGUCUCAACGCGUUCCUUUAAUUUCAGUCUAGGGAGAGAAGAAGUAGGUGGAAAAUGACAGGAAUAAAACAUUUGAGAGGUUGAUAUGAAUUAUGCAGACACAUUUUUAUUAGCAUUCAUAUAUUAGAAAUGUCCAGCUACAGAGUAUUAAUUCACACCUUUGUACUUUAAAAAAAAUAAUAUAUUUCCGUGUGUGUGGUUGCUUUAGUGUACAGUCAGCAUGGAUGGUGCCUUCAGGUACACUAAUCAAGCUUUCAUAAAUAUUUGUCUGCAUGUGUGUCACCACAGGCCGAGUAGUUUUAAGUUGUUUACAGUCUCGAAAAGGCUAUGCUUAAUAGCUUAAAGCCUUUCUCUGUGUCUCUGCUCCCUGUAUGACUGAUUAUACUUCUAUUAUGAUUAUUCAUGACACAAGGAGCCCUUUUGAUUUAGACCAUGAAAUAUUGCUUUAAUCUAAGGAGUGAAUAAAGUGCCUGUUGUUGAUAAGCAACCUCGUGUUAACUGAUGACACCGACUGACUGCUGCUUGUGCGCUGUGAGGGACAUUGUGUUAAGAAAACAAAGUCUUAUUAAAAUCUCCCUACCAAGCAUUUACACGCUUUGUCUCUAGAUGAAGAGAUGCUCUAAUAAUGCAUUACUGUAAUACUUGUGUAAUAUAAUAUGAUAAUGUGGACAUUGUUGUUGUCAUUUUCCCUUAUUACAGCUGUCAGACAUGGGCCUGAGAGUGUUUUGGUUGUCAUCGCCAUCAUAUCUCCCAACAUAAUUGUGAAUGUACGACUGCUUUUUAUUUGGUUUGGAUCACUCGGCCCAAGUGCCUUGAAGACAGGUGUUACUGUAUCGAUGACACUUUAACUGUAUCAAAAGCAAUAUAACAGUAUAUUUCUGUAAUGGGAGAAAUGUUUUAUUCCCAAAAGUUAUUCAUUUCAAAUGAGCUGCAAAGGUUUUGCCGGUGUGUUUUCCCAGCCCUGUUAUCCCUCUGGCAUUUUUCUAAUGAACGGUAAUGAGCUUGAGUGGCUGCCUUUGGGCAUUAAGUUCCCAAUAUUGUUUGCCAGCUCUCACUUGAUUUCUUCUCACGGUACCACCUUUUCAGGCACAUUUUGGCAUGCUUUUUUUCUUCAGGGGGGGGGCCUUGUUAAUACGUCUGCUUCUUAUUGCUGCACUUUAAGAUGCAACAGAGCAAGAGGGACUAAUAAAACAUUUGCUUUAUCUA